GGAGAGAGAACAGACACUGCAGCGUCCUUAUCAAGCGUCUACAUCUCAGUGUCUCCAAACCAUCAUUCUCCUUACUGACCAAACGGUUAACGUAACAUGUGAUACUACAAUACGCAUAGGUGAGAGAUUGCGUUCACGCUCUUUUUGUUUUCGGACAAAAUUCGUGUUUACUAAAAUCGAAGUACAUAAAACGUUGUUUUUGUGUUUCUUCGUACAUGUGUGAAACAUAAAAUACCCUUUUAAACUUAUUUGGCGUAUCGUGUACAUGUACGAUGUAUCGUAGUUCUGUGCAUAUUUAAAACCACUAUUGUUAAUACGAAACCGCGUUAGAAUUGUAUUUUGUUUGAACCUUUAGGUUAUCCAUUCAUUACAAUAUCACAAUGAGCACAUCCAAAUCUGAAGAUUUGAUUGAGGAAAAAACAUUUGAUUGGAAUAAAUAUCUUACUACGAGAAAUGUAGAUAAGGUACCUGAAGAAUUUUUUCAUCAUGUUUGUAAGAGUGAACUUAAUGGAAUUGAAAUUGGCUCAAUUGUGGAAAUUGAAAAUGAUGAUCAAGAUGGAUAUUGGUUUGCUGUUGUAAGUUCAUCUAAUGGCGUUUUACUGAAUUUGCAUUAUUUUGGUGAUGACAAUGAUCAACACAAAUUUACAUUAGAAAUUAAGUCACCGCGUGUUCAUUAUUUAAACUGGGGAAGUGAAAAUGAUAAAAAAUUGGUACCUCCUUAUCCCAAGAGAUUUUCACGUUUUUCAAACCUAAAAGUUAUUAAAGAAAAAAUGGAAGACUGUGAGCAUAUUGUAUCGGAUGCUGUAUUACAAAUGGAAGGUGCUCCAAUUUAUAAUAUAUUCAAGUGUGGCAUGUGUGUAGAAGUUCAAGAUAAAGAAUAUCCUUAUCGUGUUUGGAUUUCAAAAGUGCUCAAAAAUGUGGGAGGAAGGUUACUUUUACAAAUGCAAGGAAUAAAUAGCCCUGAAAAAGAACCAUUUUGGUUAUUUUAUUUAAAUGAACGUAUUUUUCCAUUAGGAUGGGCAGAACAAAAAGGACUUCCAUGGAGAGUAAUGAAUUUAGAUGCUAAUUUAGAAAAUAAUAUUGAUUCAAGUGCAUUACUGAAUGUGUUAAAGCCGAAAACUCCAGAACAACACAGUUACAAAGUUGGUGAUAUGUUGGAAGUAAUAAAUCCUUAUUCAUUCAUGGUGUUUCAUGUUGCUACAAUUAUUAAGAUCUAUGAUAAUCGUUAUUUUAAAGUUGAAGUGAAUAAUGAAAGUGAUAUAGAAAAACGUAUCAGUUUUGUAGCUACAAAAGAAAAUCCUUAUUUAUUUAAUGCCGGUUGGGCGAGCAAACACAAAUUUUUGCUAAAACCUCCGUCUGAUUGGGAUAAACCAUAUAAAUUUUCUUGGUCAAAAUAUGCCGUAGCAAAGGAUUUAAAAUUUGCUUCUGUAGAUAAUUCAUGCAGGAAAAAGAUAAACAAUGUUCUUAUUGGUAUGAAACUAGAAGCUGUUGAUCCUUUAAAUACCGAUUGUAUUCGUGUGGCUACAGUUAAAGGAUUUGCUGAUCAUUGGAUGUUUUUAUCUUUUGAUCGUACGAGUCGUUCUCAAGAAUUACUACAUGUGCGUUCAGUUUAUUCAGAUGAAGUUUUUCCAGUUGGUUGGUGUAAUAAACAUGAAUAUUCUUUGAGUGCCCCAAAGUUUCCAUACAAUGAUUCUAAUGAUUUUGAACAUUGUUAUUAUUCAUCAGAUGUUGAUAUUGAUUUCAGCCAAUCAGACCAAGAAACAUUUACAAAAUAUCCUCAUUACUUAAAAGGAGAAAUUAUUUAUCAUUUUAGCAAUAAAGAUAAAACAAAUUUUGAUGAUGGUUUUGAAGAAUUUGCAGAAAGUAGUAGUAUGAAUAUUGAAGAUUUAAUAAUAGAUACUAUAAAAGAAAUUAAAAGUGAUAGUGAAAAUGAAAAUGAAACUGAAAAUAAUGAAAAAGAAAAUGAAAAUGAAAACGAAAAUGAAAAUGAAAUUAAUAAAAAGGAAGAAGAAGAAGAUGAUAAUAAAGAUAACAUUUUUGAUGUUAAAGACGAGCCACCUGAAUUAGAUGAUGAAUUUCAUGAUGCAUUAUUUCCUGACGAAAACAUUAGCAACAAAAUAGAAAUUAAAGAAGAUGAAAUAAAAAGUGAAGAUGAAAUAAAAAGUGAAGAUGGAAAAAAAAAUGAAGAUGAAAUAAAAAGUGAAGAUGAAGUUGAUAAUAAAAUAUAUGAAAAUGUAAAUAAUGUUUCACCAGCAAUAAUAAAUAUAAUUAAUAACUCUACAAAAAUGAUUUCUAGAAAUAGCUAUAAAAUGUGUAUUUACUUUAACAAAGAUUGUUAUCCUGGUGGUCAUGUUGUUAGAAAAAAAAUUCAACAAAUACCAUAUUGUAUUGGUCCCGGUCCCGCGUCAAAAGUUUUACAAAAAGCAAUAACCCUAUUUGUUGAUAUAGAUUAUAUUCCAUCGAGUGCAUUAAAGAAAAUUAAGAGUAUUCAACAUAUGUUAUUUAACGGACCUGGUGGUGUUGAAAUGUUGAUUAAAACUGAAGCAACAAAAACUCAUCCUAUACCUUCUGAGGAGUAUCUUCUUCUUCCUGAAUCUAGAAAAAUGGCUAAAUUAUAUUGUUCUGCUCUUUGUAAUCUAUCUGGUAUGUGUGAAUUCUUUAUGACUACUGAAGUUUCAAGUUGUCCUCAUGGUUGCAAUAUAAAAAAUAAUAAAGCUUUGUUAUUAGCACCUAAAGAAACUAAAAACAAAAAAAAGGCUGAAUGUGAAAUUGAUGAAGAUAGCGUAAAAAAAAAACGUAAGCGUAGAAUAACAAAUUCAGAUAUUGCUAAAGUUGCUGCAAACGCAUUGGAUUGGACAAAUAAACCUUUAGUUGCAAGGUAUAAAUAUUAUAUGGGGAUGUUAAUCCAUUUAGAAGCACAUAUUUAUCGGUUAAACCGAAGUUAUACUGAACUGGAAACUUCACUUGUUACUGAAAUUAUGGCAAAAAAAAAUAAUCUUAAAAUGAUGGAUAAUAUGAAUAUAUUCAGUAAUACUAAAUCUCAUUCUGAUAGCAUUGAUGAUGAUGAAUUCAUAGUUUUUGACGAUUGGAAAACCACUUUUGAAAACUAUUAUCGUAAUAAUCCGAGAUUUAAGAAAUUUAAAAUUGAUAUGGGUCAAAUAGAACCUAUUAAGAUCACAUCAAAUCCUAAAUUUUGGAGUGCUGAGGAUGUUUAUAAGUAUUUGAUUAAUGAUUUGUUUUGUAAAGAUGUUGGAUUAAAAUUAUUUAAUGAGGAAGUUGAUGGUGUAGCAUUUAUGCUGUUAAAUGAAGAACAACUUUUACUACGAUUAAGAUGUACAAUAAAUUUAGCUAUAAGAAUCAUGUGUCAUGUAGCUGAAGUUAAAUAUGUUUGUUUAACAAAAUAUUGUAAUGUUCAAGUUCCUUAAAUAUUUAACAGACAUUUUUUAGUUUUUAUUUAUUUUAUUUUGUUAAGAUUUAUUUGUUUAGAAAAUAAAUGUGGUUUACCUAAUUUAAAACUUAUUGACAAUAAUAAUAAUUGUUUUUAUUAUUUAUGAAAAAUAUAAUAUGAUUAUUGCAAUUGGACAAUUCAUUAUAACAAUUAUUAUUGAUUUUGUAUAUUUUUUUAUAAUACAGUGAAAUCUCUAUAACAAACUUAAAGAUUUUCAAAAUUGCACACAACAUAAAUUUGUUAAAUGGACAUUUAUUCAUUUAAUGAAAAGAAUGAAUUUUUUUUUUAAUUAGAAUAUUAAUUAUGAAAAAUUAAUGAAUUGUGGUUCCAUAAAAUAUUUAAUUGUAUACAAAGUUUUGUUAAAUAGAGGUUUCACUAUAAUUGUAUCAAUAGUUGAUGUUUUUUUUUUUUUUUUUGUAUUUAUAUAUAUAUAAAUAGCUAAUUUAUUAUUUAAAAGUACACAACUGUGGUUUAAUAUUAGUUUUAAAUAAUAUUUAAUUAAAAUUAAUUAUUGUAAUAUAAACUACUUUACUCUAUAAUAUGAAUUGUGAAUAUACCUUAGAGCAGUGGUUUUCAAGUACCUUGGAUGUGCCACAAAAUAUUCACUAUGUAUUCCAAGAUCUUUUGAAUUUUUUUUUCAUAAAUGACGAAAUGUAUUGGAUUGUGAUGUAUAAAAAUAGGUAUUUUCAAUUAUCAUAAAUCUUCUAUAUUUAUUUAUUAAUAAAUCAAUAGUUUGUGAGAAGUAAGAGAUCAAGAUAAAUUAUCUAAGACAGUGUUCCUUAAACCCCAGGAUUUUGCAGAGAUCAUUUAACGGUUUUGUGUGUAAUUAAUGUUGCCGUUUAUCAUCGUAUGAUGUUUUGUAUACCUUCUUUUUUUUAAAAUAAUUUGCAUAGGGUUUCCGCAUUAAAAAUAUUAUUGUUUGGUGUACCUUGAUCUCAAAAAGUUUGAGAAACACUGAUCUAAGAUAACUACUGACCUUUUUUUUUUUUUUCCGUUUGAACCGACGACCGGGAGGGAACCGCUUUCGCAUUACUUCCUCCAAGAUAACUACUGACCUAUAAAAUACAUAGGUAAUAUUAUUUGUGCUUAUGACUAGUCAGAAUAUCCAUUGCAACUGACUUUCUCAUUUACGCCUUAUUUGUAGUGUAGUUUGUCACAUAACAUAGUUGUGACAGCAUUGAAUAUCUUUUUUAAAUAUGUUUAUGAUAAUCAUUUACUUAUAAUCAUGAAUAUUUCCAUGGAUAAAUUUGUAAUUUACUACACUACUUUUUUUUUAAAUAAAUUUAAUAAGUAAUUUAAUGUAAGUAUAAUUAAUACCACUAUCUGCCUAUCAAUCUCAUGUGUAUCAAGCACUUAAAUAAUUAAAAACAAUUUUGUUCAUCUAAUUUGGUCCAAAAAAAAGUUUCAGUGUGCCAUGAGAAAUUUUUUUAUGUACACGGUAUGUCGUGUUUAAUACAAGUUUGAAAACCACUGCCUAAUAGGGUGUAUUAAGCGUAUAAGGUGAUAAUUUAACAACUUCAGUUUUAUAAAAAAAAAAAUGUACUUUUUUUAAAAUUUAAAUGUGUAUUUUUAUAGCAAUUGUAUCAAUCAUCUUUGAAAAUGUUGUUUUUUAUAAAAAGAAUUAUUAAGAAGAUGUCAGAAUGACAUAUCGAUUUUAUAUCUUAUUGUUAUUUGACUUUCAAAAUAAACAAAAUAAUGUUGUAAAUUUAAACGAUGUUUAAAUUGUUUUGAGACUACAUUUUAACAAAUCGAUAUGUCAUUCCCUCAAAAAUAUUAUUCUCUAUCUUUUUUGUAAUGGGUGUUUUUAUUGUAAGAUUACUUAAAAUCAUAGAAAAAAUGAUUUUGUGUAAAUGCACUUUGUCUAUGUUGCGUGUGGGCCAAAGAGAGGAAACAAAUGGUGCGCUGACAUCCUCUUAAUAAUUGUAAUUACUUUGAUUAAGAUAGUGACAAACUUUUCCGAGUAGUAAUUCAUUUUAUUUUUUCCAAUAAUAACUUAAUAUUUUUCUAAUUAAGGGGAUUGGAAGCAUUGAUUUGCUGUCUUUGUCUUACACACGUGGAAUAUAGGAAAAAUAGCUAUACGCGCCUGACAAAAAUUAAGGUACUUCUAGUUGUUCAAUUUAAAAUAUGUAAAGAUGAUUGAAUUGGUAUACAAGUUUACUUUGCAUCGGUCGAAGCACUUUAUCGAUUGUUUUAUUGUUUAAAAUAAAUAUUUUGAUGAGAAUAAAUAUUUUAAAUUUAAUAAAUUUGUCAAUUUUUAUUAUUAAAUAUAUAUUGAAAAUAUUAAAAAUAUACUUCAACUGAUGCAAAGUAAACUUGUAUGCCAAUUCAAUCAUCUUUACAUAUUUCAAAUCGAACAACUAGAAGUACCUUAAUUUUUGUCAGGCACGUAUAGCUAUUUUUCCUAUAUUCCACGUGUGUAAGACAAAGACAGAAAAUCAACGCUUCCAAUCCCCUUAACCGGAAUUGAUGAAAAACUUUUAUUACAAAUUAAAGCAAUGUAAAUAAUCAAAGUUAAACUUAGUAUGUCUACAUCAAAUUAAAUAUCAUUAAAAAUAA